UCGGGCGGGGCUGCGUCCAUCGGCUGGCCGCUCAGGCUUGUUCUGCGAGAGGGUGAAUGCAGUGCACCGGCGGCGGGCCUCAGAGGAUCCCGAAGGAGGAGCCCAGAACUGCAGGGGGGAGGCCUCUGCGGCCCGCGGGGCGGAGCCGGCAGCGGCUGGGCUCGGGGAGAGUCCUCUCCUCCACCGGGCCACUGAGCUGCAGGUGCGCCCCCUCAGGAGUACAGUUUCUCAUGAUUUCCUGUCCUUCCCUCAGCUCCACAUUCCCUAGGAAGGACCCCACAGGAAGGAAGAAGGCGAUGGCUGCAGGGCCUCUGCCUUUGGAAGCUCAGUUUCAGGAAUCAGUGACAUUCAAGGAUGUGUCUGUGGAUUUCACUUGGGAGGAGUGGAUGCACCUAGAUUCUGCUCAGAGGAACUUGUAUGGGAAGGUGAUGCUGGAGAACUACAGGAACCUGGUCUCACUGGGGCAUCAGCUUUCCAAACCUCUUGUGAUCUCCCAGCUGGAACAAGAAGAGUUGAAUCUGAAGAACAAAGAACUCCCAGGGUGUGCUUCUCCAGAUUGGGAAAACAAACAGUCAGCUCCAAAACCCAGCAUUACUGAAGAUUUAUCCCAUGGGGUCAUAGUGGAAAGGGAACAUGUCUGGCAUUCAACCUUAGGGGAAACCUGGGAACCUGGAAAUUGGUUAGAGGGGCAACAGGAGAAACAUCUGGGCCAAAUGGCAUUUACCCACGAGGAAACCCUCACAGAGAGAAGGGUAUGUAGAGGGGAUGAAUUUGAAAGAUUUUCCAAUCAGGGUUCAGUCCUUGAUACACCACAAAGCAUUUCCAUGGCAAAAAGAUCCUGUAAUUGGAUUUCACAAGGAAAAGACUCCAAACAAAAUUCUGAAUUAAUGAAAAAUCAAAGAAUGUUUGUAGGAAGGAAAAUCUAUGAAUGUAAUGAAUGCAGGAAAACCUUCAGCCAGAGCUCAUCACUUCUUAAACACCAGAGGAUCCAUACUGGGGAGAAACCAUAUAGAUGCAAUGUAUGUGGCAAGCAUUUUAUUGAACGCUCAUCUCUUACUGUACACCAAAGAAUUCAUACUGGAGAGAAACCUUACAAAUGUAGUGAGUGUGGGAAAGCCUUCAGUCAGAGCAUGAAUCUUACUGUUCAUCAAAGAACUCAUACUGGAGAGAAACCUUAUCAGUGCAAAGAGUGUGGAAAAGCCUUCCGCAAGAAUUCAUCCCUUAUUCAACAUGAAAGAAUUCAUACUGGAGAGAAACCCUAUAAAUGUAAUGAAUGUGGGAAAGCCUUUACACAAAGCAUGAAUCUUACUGUGCAUCAGAGAACUCAUACAGGAGAAAAACCCUAUGAAUGUAAUGAAUGUGGAAAAGCCUUCAGUCAAAGCAUGCAUCUUAUUGUUCAUCAGAGAAGUCACACUGGAGAAAAACCUUAUGAGUGUAGUGAAUGUGGAAAAGCCUUUAGUAAGAGUUCAACUCUUACCCUACAUCAGCGAAAUCACACUGGAGAAAAACCUUACAAAUGUAACAAAUGUGGGAAAUCCUUUAGCCAAAGUACAUACCUUAUAGAACAUCAGAGACUGCACUCUGGAGUAAAACCUUUUGAAUGCAAUCAGUGUGGAAAAGCUUUCAGUAAGAAUUCAUCACUUACUCAACAUCGGAGAAUUCAUACUGGAGAGAAGCCUUAUGAGUGUAUGGUAUGUGGCAAACAUUUCACUGGGCGAUCAUCCCUUACUGUACAUCAGGUUAUUCACACUGGAGAGAAACCUUAUGAAUGCAAUGAAUGUGGAAAAGCCUUCAGCCAGAGUGCAUAUCUUAUUGAGCAUCAACGAAUUCAUACUGGUGAGAAACCCUAUGAAUGUGAUCAGUGUGGGAAAGCUUUCAUUAAGAAUUCAUCCCUUAUAGUACAUCAGAGAACUCAUACAGGAGAGAAACCCUAUCAGUGUACUGAAUGUGGAAAAGCCUUCAGUCGGAGUACAAACCUUACAAGACAUCAAAGAACUCACACCUAAGGACAGUGUUUACUGUCCCCUUCAUCAUGAUUAACUCUUCAGUAAUCAGAUAAAGUCAUGUUGAGGUAGACACCUAAUAAAGGUAACAGUUGUGGGUAAUUUUUAGUUGACAUACAAUCUACCAUGUUGGAUAACAUAGACCACAGCAGAGAAAUCAUAUGGAAGUGAAGAAAUCUGGAUUCAAAAGAUAAAAUGUACUUUUUAACAGAAGGUUUGAGAAAGUAAUGUAUAAACAGUGAACAUUCAUGCUCAAGGUAAGUUCUAUUGUAUCAUACUGCAAAUUCUCCUUGGGACAUCUGAGAAUUCACACUGGAGAGAAAAUGUGUCAGUGCUUAACUGGAUAGCCCAAAGACCUGGUUUGUAGUCCUGACCUGCCGCUAACUUGGACAAGUUACUCACUUUUAGCAGGUCACAAUUUUCUUACCUAGUAAAUGAGAGAUUUUGGAUGUAAAAGGUCUGGGGGAUCCCUAUUAGCUAAAAUGUUAUAAACCAUGAUGCCAGGAAAUCUUUGGCCUUUUACUCUGUUAUGUAUGUUGUCUAGGUGCUUCUUUUCCACAGUAAGGUUUCCUUGGAUGUUUCGAGUCAAAAUUUUCUAACUCUAUCAAUUUCUAAUGCCCUUCCAUGUCCUUCUCUCUUUCCCUGCAUUACUUUCUACCUUAAAAUGUAGGCUGAUUUCUUCCAGAUAAUAGAAUAAUUGUACAAAUCUUAAUGUAAUAGCAUGCUAUUUUGAGUUCUUCAUAGUCUUAAACUGUUGUUAAAUUAGCUGAUUAUUUAGAAAACAACAUAAUUUAAUAUUGUAUUUAAGCACAGAAGAAUCAAAUAAAUACAUAUCUUUAUGUCAUAUUCAGCUAUCAGAAUGAUAGUUGAUACCAGGGAUUGAGCUCAGGGACAUUGACUGAAGGCGUGAACACUAAGAAAUAUGGAAAUUUAGCAUAUUAACACAAUAUUUGCAACUCAAAACAUUCAGAACAAUCAUAGGGAUAUUUUAUAGAUCUGUUAUGAUGAUAGUAGUUUAAUUUCAUUUCUUUCACACAAAUUUGCCAAGUCCUAAAUAUGGGCUAGACAUGAUUAGUCAAAAUGAUUUAAGAUUCAUUCUUUAUUUUUAAAGGAUAAACUAAGAAAGUGGCAGUAUAAUGGGAUAGGAAAAGAAAAGUCAAGCAAUAAUUUAUAAUUUGGCACAAUCUAAAAAAAGCUGUAACUGAUUAGGUAUGGCUAUUUGAAAUAGAAGGAUGACUUAAAUUUCCUAUUUGUGUAGAUUGGGAUUCCAUAAUUAAAACCCCAUAAAUUAUC